AGAGGUGGGAUCUCUGCAGCCCGACCUGUCGCAUUCGUCUUUAAAACGAGCAAAAAGUUUGAUUCCCUUAAUUUGCUCUGGAUUCCCUUCAAGCAAACGCGGGAGGAAGGUUUCUGCUCCUGGGGAGGCUCGUCUGGAGGCGUCGGAUCCUGCUGUGUGCGGGUCCUGCGGAGCAGCGGUGGUCCCCUUCUGAUGGGAGGAUGGUUGUUCUCAGGCAGUUUGGGCUGCUGCUCUGGAAGAACUACAUCCUGCAGAAACGGCAGAUCUUGGUGACAGUCAUCGAAAUCUGCCUGCCGCUGCUCUUCGCCGCCAUCCUGAUAGCGCUGCGGCACCGGGUGCACUCCAUCAGCCACCCCAAUGCCACCACCUACCCCCCCGAGACCGUGGAUGACCUGCCGGGCUUCUUCUACCGCCGGCACCCCAGCAACCCCUGGGAGCUGGCUUACGUCCCCUCCAACAGCAGCGCCGUCAGGAGCGUCGCCGAGGCGGUGGAGAGGGCUUUACCCAUCAGCAUCAGAGCUCAGGGCUUUGCCUCGGAGAGGGACUUCGAGGAGUACGUCAAGUCGGACAACCGCUCGGGCAGCGUGCUGGCUGCCGUCGUGUUCAAGCACCGCUUCCAGCACAGCGCGGCCCCGCUGCCCCUCCAGGUCGACUAUGAGCUGCGCUUCAAGUACAGCCCCAGGAACGCCCCGCGGAGCGAGCAGACGGGUCUGAACCCCAACCUGGACCGGGACUGGCACACCAGCUACCUCUUCCCGCUCUUCCAGCUGCCCGGGCCCCGGGAAGCCAAAUUUGCCGAUGGGGGGACGCCGGGUUACAUCCGAGAAGGUUUCCUGGCGGUGCAGCACGCGGUGGACAGAGCCAUCAUGCAGUACCACGCCAACGCCAGCUCCGCCAGCCUGCUGGAGAACAUCACGGUGGUGGUGCAGCGCUUCCCCUACCCAGCGUACGUCAACGACCUCUUCCUCCUCGCCAUCCAGAACCAGCUGCCCCUGCUGCUCAUGCUCAGCUUCACCUACACCUCGCUCAACAUCGUCCGCGCCGUCGUGCACGAGAAAGAGAAGAAGCUGAAGGAGUACAUGCACAUGAUGGGCCUCAGCAACUGGUUGCACUGGAGCGCCUGGUUCCUUAUGUUCUUCCUCUUCCUCCUGGUGUCCGUGUUUUUUGUCACCGUGCUCUUCUGCGUCAAGGUGAGCGAACAGGGAGCGGUGCUCACCAACAGUGACCCCACGCUGGUGUUCGCCUUCCUCGCCAUCUUCUCCGUCUCCUCCAUCUCCUUCAACUUCAUGGUGAGCACGUUCUUCUCCAGAGCAAACGUCGCGGCUGCUGCUGGCGGCUUCCUCUACUUUUUCUCCUACAUCCCUUACUUCUUCAUCUCGCCCCGCUACGACCUGAUGUCCCACAGCCAGAAGCUGGCGUCCUGCCUCAUCUCCAACGUGGCCAUGGCCAUGGGGGCACAGCUUAUAGGCAUGUUCGAAGGAAAAGGGACUGGCAUUCAGUGGAGGGACCUCAUGAAGCCCGUCAGCGUGGACGACAACUUUACCUUAGCCCAAGUGCUGGGGAUGCUGCUCCUGGACUCGGUGCUCUACGGCGUGGUGGCCUGGUACGUGGAGGCCGUCUUUCCAGGGGAGUACGGCGUGCCUCAGCCGUGGUACUUCUUCUUGACGCCCUCGUACUGGUGCGGACGCCCCAGAACUGUCGUGGGAAAAGAGAAGGAGGAGGAGGAGGACCCCGAGAAAGCCCUGAAGAGCCAGUACAUUGAGGAGGAACCUGCUGACCUCGUGUCAGGAAUCAAAAUAAAGCACCUUUCCAAGGUCUUCAAAGUGGGAAACAAGAUGAAAGAGGCAGUCAAGGACUUAACGGUGAACAUGUACGAAGGGCAGAUCACCGUCCUGUUGGGACACAACGGUGCUGGGAAGACCACCACCCUGUCCAUGCUCACAGGUCUGCACUCUCCGACGAGCGGGCAGGCGUACAUCAAUGGCUACGAGAUCUCCCAGGACAUGGUCCUGAUCCGCCGCAGCCUGGGCCUGUGUCCCCAGCAUGACGUCCUCUUCGACAACAUGACAGUGGAAGAGCACCUCCACUUCUACGCAGGGCUGAAGGGGUACCCCCCCUCCAAGUGCCCCGAGGAGAUCAACCACAUCCUGAGGAUCCUCAACCUGGAGGACAAGCGCCGCUCUCUGACCAAGGCACUCUCUGGCGGCAUGAAGCGCAAGCUCUCCAUCGGCAUCGCCCUCAUUGGGGACUCCAAGGUGGUGAUGCUGGAUGAGCCGACAUCUGGGAUGGACCCAGCCUCUCGCAGGGCCACGUGGGACCUCCUGCAGCAGCAGAGGAGCAACCGCACCAUCCUGCUGACCACCCACUUCAUGGAUGAGGCUGACCUGCUGGGGGACCGCAUAGCUAUCAUGGCCAAGGGCGAGCUGCAGUGCUGCGGGUCCUCACUCUUCCUCAAGCGUAAAUACGGGGCGGGAUAUCACAUGGUGAUGGUGAAGGAGCCCUACUGUAACCUGGGGGAGAUCUCCCGCCUCAUCUGUCAGUACGUGCCCAACGCCACCAUGGAGAGCAAUGCUGGGGCAGAGCUGUCCUUCAUCCUGCCCAAGGAGAGCACGCACAGGUUUGAGGCCCUGUUCACGGAGCUGGAGCAGAGGCGGGAGGAGCUGGGCAUCGCCAGCUACGGCGCCUCGGUCACCACCAUGGAGGAAGUCUUCCUGAGGGUUGGGAAGCUGGUGGACUCCAGCAUGGAUAUCCAGGCCAUCCAGCUGCCUGCUCUCCAGUACCAGCACGAGAGACGCUCCAACGACUGGGCCAUGGAUGACUCCAGCAGCCUGAGCGGCAUGACAGAUAUGACGGACGACAGCGGGGCGCUUAUUACGGAGGACUGCUCCAGCAUCAAGCUCAACACUGGGUUCUACCUGUGCUGCCAGCAGUUCUACGCCAUGUUCAUGAAGCGAGCCAUGUACAGCUGGCGCAACUGGAAGAUGGUGGCAGCGCAGUUCCUCGUGCCUCUGAUCUUCACCGCCUUUGCCCUCAUCGUGGCCAAGACCUUCCCGGGGCCCAGGGACUCCUCCCUGCUGAGGCUGACCCUGGAGCCCUACGGCCAGACCAUUGUGCCUUUCUCCAUCUCGGCCACCUCGGGUCUGUCGCAGAGGUUGGCGGAGCAGUACAUGGAGCUGCUGGACGCCCAGCAUCAGUCACCGCUGGAGAUGCUAGGUGGCCUGGAGGAGUACCUCAUCUCAAGAGCCUCUGAGGAAGGGGGAGCCUUCAACGAGCACUACAUCGCAGCUGCCUCCUUCGAAGGAGUCGGGAACCGCACAGUGGUCACCGCGCUCUUCAACAACCAGGCAUAUCACUCCCCCGCCACGGCCCUUAUGCUGGCCGACAACGCUGUCUUCAGGGUAUUGGCGGGCCCCAACGCCUCCAUCACAGUCACCAACUACCCUCAGCCCCGCAACAUCACCGAGAAGGCCAAAGACCAGCUCAUGGAAGGCCAGACCGGGUUCGCCAUUGCCAUCAACUUGCUGUACGGCAUGGCCUCGCUCGCCAGCACCUUCGCUCUGCUGCUGGUCAGGGAGCGGGCCAUCAAAGCCAAGCACGUCCAGUUCGUCAGCGGCGUCUACGUGAUCAACUUCUGGCUUUCUGCUCUGCUCUGGGACAUCAUCAACUUCCUCAUCCCUUGUGCUCUGAUGCUGGUAAUAUUCCAAGCCUUUGACGUGCAAGCCUUCACCCAAGACAGCCACCUCGUUGAUGUGAUGCUGAUCUUCCUCCUUUAUGGCUGGGCAAUCAUCCCCCUCAUGUACCUCCUCAGCUUCUUCUUCUCGGUGGCAGCCACAGCCUACACCCGUCUCACCAUCUUCAACAUCCUCUCAGGCACGGCCACCUUCCUCGCCGUCACCAUCAUGAGCAUCCCAGAGCUGGGCUUGGUGGACCUCUCCAAAACCCUGGAUAAAGUCUUUCUGGUCUUACCAAAUUACUGCUUGGGCCAAUGCAUCAGUGACUUCUACCAGAACUAUGAGUUCAUUCAGUUUUGUACCUCCUCCGUUGAAGCCAUCUUCAUCUGCAAGGCGUUCAAUAUCAGUUAUCAGAUGAACUACUUUUCCUGGGAGACGCCUGGGAUCGGACGAUACCUGACCUCCUUGACCAUCCAGGGUUUCUCCUUCCUCUUCCUCCUUUUCCUCAUUGAGACAAACAUUCUCUGGAGACUGAGAGCUUUGGUCUGUGGCAUCUGCAGGCGGCGGAAAUGGGUGGCACUGCUGAACAGGGUGUCUGUGCUGCCAGAGGACCGGGACGUGGCAGAUGAGAGGAAGAAGGUUUUAGAGUCACCACCAGAACUGCUGUCAUCUCUCAGCAGCCCUCUGGUCAUCAAGGAGCUCACCAAGGUCUACGACAGCCGGGAGUCCCUGUUGGCGGUGGACAGGAUCUCCUUGGCGGUCAGCAAAGGGGAAUGCUUUGGCCUUCUCGGCUUCAACGGAGCGGGCAAAACCACCACCUUCAAGAUGCUGACUGGUGACGAGAGCAUCACGUCGGGGGACGCCUUUGUGGAUGGCCACAGCAUUCUGGCCAACAUCAAAAAGGUCCAGCAGCGGAUCGGCUACUGCCCGCAGUUUGAUGCCCUCCUGGACCACAUGACGGGCCGCGAGACCCUGAGCAUGUACGCCCGGCUGCGGGGCAUCCCCGAGCGCUACAUCGGCAGCUGUGUGGAGAACAUGCUGAGAGGGCUGCUCCUGGAGCCCCAUGCCGACAAGCUCGUGAGGACCUACAGCGGCGGUAACAAGCGGAAGCUGAGCGCUGGCAUUGCCCUCAUCGGUGGUCCCCCUGUGAUCUUCCUGGAUGAGCCCUCCACCGGCAUGGACCCCGUGGCCCGGCGUUUGCUCUGGGAUGCAGUGACACGGACGCGGGAGUGCGGCAAAUCCAUCAUCUUCACCUCCCACAGCAUGGAGGAGUGCGAGGCCCUGUGCACACGGCUGGCCAUCAUGGUGAACGGGCAGUUCAAAUGCCUGGGCAGCCCCCAGCACCUGAAAAGCAAGUUCGGCAGUGGCUACACCUUGCUGGCCAAAACGCGGAGUGAGGAAGAGGGCGAGCUGCAGGCCUUCAAGGCCUUCGUGGAGAAGACUUUCCCAGGCAGUGUCCUGAAACACGAGCACCAGGGCAUGGUACAUUAUCACUUGACCAACAAGAACCUCAGCUGGGCACAGGUCUUCGGGGCCUUGGAGAAAGCCAAAGAGAAGUAUCGCUUGGAAGACUAUUCGGUGAGCCAGAUAUCACUGGAGCAAGUCUUCAUGAGCUUCACUCGCUUCCAGCACUACACAGAGGACAGAGGGAAAUGAGCAGAAGCCCCCACCGGUGCCCUUCGUCAUGGACUGGCCCUGCUGCCUAUACAUAGUAUAUAUAGAGACAGUAAUUUAUAUAUCGGCGUGUCUUAAAUAAUGUAUAAAUGUAAGAAACUUUUCACCGGGGGGGGGGGGGGGGGGGGGAGGAUGGCGUCGUACCUUCUGCCGUCGGGAACACAAGUGGCGCGUGUGCAUCGUGCGGCCGCAGCACCGGCGCGGGUCUGUGUGUGAGUGUGUGCGUGCAUGUGACACUUCCAGCCUUCAUUCCUGUCUAUACAGAAAAGAAAAAAAAAAAAAAAAAAAAGCCCCAAAAGCAGAGGGAAGCCUGGCUGGGCAGAGAUGAGGGUCGAGGAUUGGGUGGGUGGAGGGGGAGCUGGAUGCUGUCCCCAAACUGCACUGUGCCCCCCACCGCCCCCCCCCCCCCCCCCCCCCAUGCCCCUCUUCCCUGCCCAACGCUCACACCCGUCAGGACGCUGCUUCAUGGUCUUCGCCCGCAUGUCGCCGUGUAUCGUUAGCUGGUUUGCUCGUGGUUUAACAGGAGGCUGUCAAAUAGCUUAGAUCCAAACCGGUCGCUGCGUUAAUUAGGAUGCACUGUGGUUGCCCGUAGAAGCACUUUGUGUCUAGCAGGAGGGGACAAGGCAAGCUUCCCGUCCGUCCCCUGCGUGGGACGGAGGAGGCUCCAUCUCCUUGAACCUCUUAGAAAACGUUGUCCCUUCCUGCCCGUGGGUGGAAGCAAGCCUGUCCCGAGGAGCUGGCACCAUCCGGAGCCAUGCGGGGGGAGCUGGCUGCGCCGCGCUGGGGGCUGGCGCUGCGCCCGAGGGAGGGGGUGCUGGUGGAGAAGUGCCCGGCGCUCGGCCCCGUGGGACGGCACGUGAUGGGUACGGCCGCAGAGCCAGCGCGAGGGGUGAGAGGAGCCGCAGGGUGCGUGGGGACGCCGCUGGGCUCGCUGUUGUGGCCAUGGAAAGGCUGACCCAGCGGUGCUGCAGCCACAGGAUGGUUUUUGAAGCCCAGCGAUGCGCUCGCUGCGCCCGUGGCCUGUGCUUUCCCAUUCCACCCCACACACUUGUGACAAGAGCGUGCCCGUCCCGCGUCCCCGUCCCCUCCGUGCCACAGCAGGCUGCUCUGGCAGCAGGCAGGGAGCCUAGGCGCUGCCUGGACCUUGCCCGGCUGGGGGGAUGCUGCCAGGCACGGCGCAUUAGGCACGGGCUCUGCCUGGCGCUGCCUGCACUGUCAGAGGUGGCAACUGGGAUUUCUUUUUGGCGUUUCCCAGUGGUUGGGUUGCGCUUUUUGUUUGUUUGUUCGAAACCUGUGUUGAUUCUUGUCUGUCCUUAACUAGUCCCUGUGUCACCUGGGGGCAGUCCCCUUCGGGCCGGCUGCUCCGCGAUCAAUGCAGAGCUAUUUGCACUAUAGUAAUACACACAAUUGCACAUAACUAAAUGAAUUAAUAUUUAUGGCAAGGGGUGCUGAUUCCCUUCUGGUGAUUGCAUUGUCAGGGGUUGGGUUAUAUUUUUGGGUUGGGUUUUUGUUUUGUUUCUGUGACUGACUCAUUCUUUCCUGUUCCAUUUUUUCCCUUUGCCUAAUGUUGUUGUUCAAACCGAUGGUGCAUCAUGUUACUAAGAACUUCCCUGGAUCUUAACGAUGUGUGGUUCUUAUUAGUAAGCAGCCAGCAGGUGAAUGGCAACUGUGGACCACCUCAGAGCCCUUUGGAGCUGCUGGUACCGAGGGGUUGUUCCCGGGACCGUCCCUGCAGCGAUGCUGGGGGCACCAUGCGGUGGGAAAACCCCAGUGCCAGGCGUUCCUCAGGACACUGCUGGUGCAAGAAAAGGGGGGGGGGCGGGGGGUGUGUGCAUGGGGCUUUGUGGUGCAAGAGUGCCUGGAGGCACCAAGAAAGUGCUGGGACUGCCAGGAACUGUUUGUUUCAGGGUUUUUUUGGAAGAGGAGAUGUGGUAGGAUGUAGUGGAGCCUCUGGGGCUGUGCCUGGGAUGGGGAGCGGGGGGGGGGGGGGGGGUCGCAGAAGGGCUAGAUGCCACAUUGCAGCAUGGGCUUAUGCCUGGUACCCUGGGCCAGCAGCACCCCAAGGCCAGCAGCAGGCACGACAGCUGGGACCUAUCCAGCUGGGGUACUGGUGACCCCUGCAGGGCUCAGUCCUAGGGCAGGUGGCAUAAAGGCAGCAUAACCCCCACGCUGCCCCCAAACAGCACGGCAGAGCUGGUGGCAGAGGAGUGAAGAGCAAGGGUGGCAUCCCCAGCACCAGCCCACCCCCACUGCGGUCAUCCUGACCUAAACGAAGAGAGUCUUAACGAAGCAGCGUUUCUCAGUCACACGGUGCUGUAACAACCCUCUCCUCUCACCCAGGCAGGAGCUGCCGACUGUGCAGGGAGCUGCUCACUCCUAUUUCAGUUACGGCACGGUGCCCGGGGCAGGACCAGCGCUCGCUGCUCCCCAGACCCACGCUGCUGCUUGGGGGCAGCCGGGUUCCCUGCUGGGUCGCGGCUGCGGUGGACAACGCUCUGGCCUCCCAGGCCGUGGUGGUCCACGUGCAGCAGGAGAAGCAUCACUGGCCCCAGGCAGCUGCUGCUCCCCUCUGGCUGCAGCGUGGUUGUUAUUCCCAUCAUUGGAAUAAUAAAGAAUUUUUUUUCCA